AUGGGUGAAAACGAUCAUGAAAAGGGACCAGAGGUCACACUCGCGACGGACGAGCAACUUGACCAUGCAUCGCGACCGAAAUGCUUUAGCUCCACUUUCCAAGAGUGUCUGUUCGUUUUGACGGCGACUAUGGCCAUUGGACAGCAGUCUUUCUUCCAGGGGUGUAUCGUUGGCGUGACGGCGAGUAUAGGGAAAGAUUUGGCGAUGAAUUCUGCAGAGAUUACGUGGAUUAAUGCAGGCGCUUCUCUAAGCAGCGGCGCUUUUCUUCUGACAUUUGGCAAACUGGCUGAUAUGUUCGGCCGCAAAAGUCUCUUUAUUAUCGGUAUGGCUGGAUUCACUAUCUCGCUCUUGAUUGCGGGCUUCGCGACGAACGCUAUCUACAUGGAUGUCUUCUCUGGCAUUCUGGGCAUUUUCGCCGCGGCUGUAGUUCCACCAGCUGUUGGCGCCCUCGGAGCGGUCUAUGAAAAGCCAUCGAAGCGCAAGAAUCGCGCGUUUGCGUGCUUCAGUGCUGGAAACCCGCUUGGAUUCGUGGGCGGCAUGAUUAUUUCGGGUGUUGCGUCGCAUGAGUAUAAUUGGCGGGCGUCUUUUUGGGCUCUGGCUGUAAUUUAUGCUAUAUUUACGGUGUUGACGGUUUGGACUGUGCCGGCUGAUGGAUUUACGAGGACGCCGGUUAGUAUGGACGCGCUUAGGAGCUUUGAUUUGCUGGGAACUGCAUUGGUCAUUGUUGGGUUUGCGUUCUUCUCGAGUUCGCUGUCAUUAGCAGGAGAUGCUGUCGACGGUUGGCGCACUGGCUACGUUCUGGCGUUGUUCAUCGUUGGAUUUUUCCUUCUGUGUGGAUUCCUAUACUGGCAAUCGAUCGCUAAAAACCCUUUGAUGCCACUGUGGGUAUGGAAAGACCGCAACUUUUCUCUUCUUAUGGCGACAUUUUGUCUUGGCUUUAUGGGCUUCUCGGCAGUCACCUUCUAUCUCUCACUCUAUCUGCAAGAAGUGAAGAACCUAACUGCUCUCGACAUCACUGUUCGCCUUCUCCCAAUGGUCGUCAGCGGUGUGCUGGUCAAUGUAGUCUGUGGACUCGUCCUGCACCGCGUCAGCAACAAGCUCUUGACCGGCAUCGGUGCCCUGGCAUACACAGCCUCCUUCUUGAUUCUCAGCUUCAUGAAAGAAGAUGCCAUCUACUGGGCAUACAUCUUCCCGGCUCUCGUCCUCGUCGUCGUCGGCGCCGAUAUCCAGUUCAAUGUGACAAACAUGUAUGUCAUGUCUUCGCUGCCUCCUUCGCAGCAGUCUAUUGCCGGUGGUAUCUUCAAUACCGUUUCCAAGCUUUGCAACAAUCUUGGUCUUGGUAUUGCUACAUCGGUCAAUAGUGCUAUUGCGAAUCAGAUGACCGCCUCGACUCCGGCCAUUAGGCCUUAUUUGGCCGUUUACUGGUAUGCUGCGGCAGCAGCUGGUAUUUCACUUUUCUUGGUGCCAUUUUUGACGCUAGGGACUCAGGGGGGUUCCCCCCGGAGCCGGAUCAGUCUGUGA